UAAAUCAUAAAAUUUCCACUUUAAUUAGUGGGAUGACAAUUUAAUGAUGCUACGUGGAGUAAAAUUAAUGCAGAAUUAAAAUGCCAGAGGCGAGGAUAAUAAAUGCAAUCAUAAAUAGUCGGUCAAGAGAAAUUUUAGUCUCAGUCGCAAUUCUACAAGACAGAUAAAAUGAACGCCAAGAUAUUGCUUUUGUGCUUAAUUGCUUUAGUGGCAAUUAAAUCCACUUGGUCAUUAGGUAGCAACUGUCCUACUGCGAGUCGCAUAGACAGCUGCAGCCCCAAAUGCAAAGACAACAGUAACUGCCACGGGGCUCAGGUUUGCUGUACUAACAUUUGUGGCACCAAAUCAUGCACUGACAUUUACCAAUAUCAAGACAAAAAUAAAGGAUCAAAUUCAAAAUACUCGUCGAAUUCGAAAGGAGCAACUGGAUCGUACUGUGGUAAUACCAAAUGUGGCCCUAGUGAAAAAUGCGAGCUUGAUAGGACCACAAAGAGGGAAAAAUGUGUCAGAGGCUGAAUGGAAAUUUCCCGAGUUUGAAUUUCGCGCCACUGCAGCAAAUUCUAUUUGAGCAAUUUUGCAAAUGGAAUAAUGUUUCAUCAUAGUUUUUACAACAUUUUUAACAAAUUGCGUUACAAAUAAACAAUUAUUAA